GCAGCUUCACUUCAAGGCAGCCCGGACAAGAAAAGACAGAGGGACUGUGCUGGUGCUUGUCGCAGGAAACACGCUAACCAAAUUCCCCAAAGAAUUGCCCCAACUAGCAUUUAUGUAGUCAGCUGUUAUACGAACUCCUGGGCAGUUGGGGGGAUGUGGAAAUUCAAUCUGUGACCCAGAGGCAUGCUGACCAAUGAUGGGAAAGUUGUACCUGCUGCUAGACCCAUCAGCUCCACUGAGAUGACUCCAGGAGAAGUAUGUGGAUGACGGUGUGAGCCAGGGGGUUUCAACAUUCAGGGCAAAGUAUUCUUCCACUGAGCCAAAAAGAAUCCUGUUCUAGUUUACCCGCAAGACACACAGUCACUCCCAAUCAGCUGUCACAAUGCCGAUGCCAGGACCACUGUGGGCCUGUCUGGCUCUGGUAUGGGUGGGAAGCUGCAGUGCCCACAGCCUGUUUACCUGCGAGCCCAUCAAAGUGCAUCGGUGCUUGGGGAUGCCCUACAACAUGACCUUCUUUCCCAACAUUAUGGAGCACUACGACCAAGAUAUCGCAGCCAGUAAUAUGGAGCCAUUCAUGCCCCUGGCAAACCUGCGCUGCUCUCCAGACGUUCACCAGUUCCUGUGCCAAGCCUUUAUCCCAGCAUGCACCGAGGAGAACACAGUGAUCCGUCCUUGCAGAGAGCAGUGCGAGGUAGUUCUGUCCGACUGCGAGGAGAAUAUCCGAAUCUUUGGUGUCACCUGGCCUGCUGAGCUGCACUGUGACAAAUUGGACCCAUGUAGCUCUCCUGAUGGUUCGGCCCCACCUGCAACCACCCCUAUGAGCGCCUCAUCAGCUAAGAGGGACCUUGGCUUCUGGUGCCCACUGCAGCUGAAGACCAAACCGGGCCAUGGCUCAUCGUUCCUCGGCGCCCAGGACUGCGCUCCGCCUUGCUCCAACAUGUACUUCAAACCCCACGACAUAGAAUUUGCCAAGAACUUCAUCGGCGUGUGCUCCAUCAUCUGCUUGGGUGCCACGCUCUUCACCUUCCUCACUUUCCUCAUCGACGUCAAGCGCUUCCGCUACCCGGAGCGCCCCAUAAUCUUCUACGCCGUCUGCUACAGCUUUGUGUCGCUCAUAUACUUCAUCGGUUUCCUGCUGGGAAACAAUGCCGCCUGUACCAAAGCGGCUCAUCCCUCCGGCGUGGAUACAGUGGUGCUGGGCUCUCAGAGCAAAGGCUGCACUCUGCUCUUCAUGCUGCUCUACUUCUUCUCUAUUGCCGGUAUUGUCUGGUGGGUCAUCCUCACCAUCACCUGGUUCCUGGCUGCUGGACCCAAGUGGAGCUGUGAGGCCAUAGAAAAGAAAGCGGUGUGGUUCCACUCUGCUGCCUGGGGGAUCCCCGGGGCACUAACUGUCAUGUUGCUGGCUCUAAACAAGGUUGAAGGGGACAGCAUCAGCGGAGUUUGCUUUGUGGGGCUCUACGACCUGGACGCCCUGCGCUACUUUGUUCUGGCUCCUCUGUGCGUGGGCGUCAUAGUCGGCCUCUUCCUCAUCCUGGCGGGCAUCGUUUCUCUCAACCACGUCCGGCAGGUCAUCCAGCACGACGAGCGCAACCAGGAGAAGCUGAAGAAGUUCAUGAUCCGCAUCGGCGUUUUCAGCUGCCUCUACCUGGUCCCGCUGGUCACCCUGUUAGCCUGCUACACCUACGAGCAGAGUCACCGCAGCACCUGGGAGAAUAGCUGGAUCAAUGACCGCUGUCAAGAGUACAGCAUCCCCUGUUCCUACAAGACAACAGAGCACGACCGCCCUGACCUCUCCCUGUUUCUGGUGAAAUACCUGAUGACACUGGUGGUGGGAAUAUCUGCAGUGUUCUGGGUCGGCAGUAAAAAAACCUGCUCUCAGUGGGCCUACUUCUUCAACAGGACCCGCAAGAGAGAUCCCAUCACUGAGAGCCGGCGCGUGCUCCAGGAGUCCUGCGAGUUCUUCCUCAAGCACAACAGCCGGGUCCAGCACAAGAAGAAGCACUACAAGCCGAGCGCCCACAAGCUCAAAGUCAUCUCCAAGUCCAUGGGCACGAGCACCGGCGCUGCACCCACCAACGCCUCCACCACCAAUCAAGGGACCCCUGCACUGGGCAAUCACGAGCGCCAUGCUCAUGGUUCCAUGUCUGAGGCCUCAGCCAGGGAGCCCCUGGACAGGGCCACCCCUAGCCGAAGCUCCCGGAGGGGGGAGAGGGAAAGGGAGAGGGAGAGAGAAGGGGGAGAGAGACGAAGCAAAGGGGGGAGCUCCUGUAAGAUCAGCAGCCACUCAGAGAGCAUGCACAGAGUCCCAGAGGGGAGGAUGACUCCGAGGAGCGAGCUCUCAGAGGCCAGGCACGUCCCCGCUGGGCAGCAGAAUCCGGCUUUAAACCAAUCACACAGCAGCAUCCAGGACUCCACCCACCAGCUGGCGCGCCAGGUGCCUGAGGAGAGCAAGGACACAAAGCACAGCAGCUGCUGAGACAUCUGACCCCCUCAAAUAUCCGUGUGCGUCCAUCCUUCCAUCCAUCCAUCCAUCCAUCCAUCCUGUUUCAUGUAUCUGUUUCAAACCAUAGCAUCUAUUUGUAUCAUUCAUCAUGGAAGCUUCUUACAUCACAUUAUGAUUGUUUUGGUUACAUUGUAUUCAGUGAAUGUCCAAUGCCAGCAAAAUGUAACAUUGAGGAUUACAAACGUGGUAGGUUUAGACCAGAAUCUAGGUUUUAGCAGAGUUUAAAGGGGUUGGAUUAUUUGACUACUGUCUUUCAGCUCUACUGAUCUUCUGGCCAUUUCCUACACACCUGAAUGUUGCAGCAGCACAGCUGUGAUCCGCCUAUACAAUGACCAAUGGUCUUUUAAUUGUAUAGCAUACAUUAAAAAUGUUAGGUCUACUGUUUGUAGAUUUGUAGCUCAAUGGCAUAGAAUGCAUACUUUAAAACAAACACAACAUUUAUGUACAGUACAUAUUGUAUUUUUGAGAAAUCAAGUCUUUCACUGGACUAGUCGCUACACUGAGACUUAUGUUAAGAAAGGUUUUGUCAUGAUAUUACCAAACGUUCAACUUAAGGAAAGUCUUCACUGUUUUUUGAAUGUCUUAAUGUUCUUCUUAGAACUAAGGAUUUGCUCUCGAAACCUCAUCUUGUAGAGUUUUUGUCUCUCAUCUGCUCUUUCGAGAGUUUUAACAGUUAAGUAGGUAACUUUAAUAAAAAAUAACUUUUUGGUCAUACUUGCUGAAACUAUCACUAUAUCGUGACUGUUGCACAUAAUAAUAUAAUGAUAAACAAUGACAAGUCAUGCACCUCCUAGUGCUCUUAAU